UUUUUUCCCGUGUCAACACUGAUGUUAUUGUAUUAUGCCGGUAUUAAAAUGUGGUUAUUAUCUUUUAUCAGUGAGUGGUAUCGUCUUAAGUAAUAUGCCAUUAUAAUGGCAGUUGGGCCUUGGGCGUUUACAACAUUUUGUGAUAACCGAUAAUAUUAUUAUUCAUGUGCACGUGCAUUUUGCCGCUGUAAUUAGUUAUCAUUUACCGUUAUUCUCCGAAUCUCGUCCGGUACUCGAACGAGUAACUCGUUGUUACGUUACGAAUUCUGUUUCUAUUGCUUAGUGAAGAAUAUCAACUAUAUUAGUAAGUAUUCUUUUAAUUAAACCACAUAGGUAGAUAGUUUUAAUCAGUUGAUUCAAUUUAAUUUAUGUUAUAAACUCUAGUUUGUAAUGUUAAAAAAGCAGCAGCAACUGCCCUACGGAGACAUCAUCGAAUUGCUAGGUGAUGGGAGAGAUUCAGAACUAUCAUCAUUGUCAGGCGACGACGAUGAUUUUGUUGAUGACAAUGAAUACCCUCGUUCAGAAAUCGAAAAGUCUAGCAAAGAACAAAUGUUUGAAAAUGUACUUGAUGAUUUUGAACUGUUUGAUUUCGAAGAUGAUGAAGAUUUCAACGUUUUUGGCAUAAAUAAUGAAACAGUUGAAGAUGAAUAUGAAGUAUUUAAUCUACCAAUGCAUCAACUUGAACAGCAAUCAGAUAAUAAUGUUAAUGAAACAGUUGAAGAUGAACAUGAACCACUGCAACAAGGUGAACAGCAAUCAGAUAACAAUGCUUAUGCUAGGCCAAGUACACCUGCAAUACCACCACAUCAUAUAGCAAUAAGACCUGUAGUUGAACACGGACUACACCUCAAUAACCUACCAUAUUACACAAAAAAUGAAAUUAAAUGGUCAAAUAGACCAUUUGUCAGUAGUUUCUUAAAGAUUUCGCCACCAGCUCCAGAAUUAUCAACUACUUAUAGGACUCUAUCACCAAUAGAAUAUUUCAGUAAAUAUUUUCCUGAGGAAGAGUUUGAAAAUAUGGCCAAGUACACAAAUAUUUAUGCCAAACAAAAUAAUUUCAUAAAUUAUGUAGAUACUACACCUUCAGAAAUGAAGGUGUUUGUGGGUAUACAUUUGAAAAUUGGUUGUCAAAAACCUAGUAGAAUAAGAUUAUGUUGGACUAAUGACGACAGAGUAAAUAUAAUUGCUGAUAAUAUGUCUCGAAAUCGUUUUUUUCAGUUGAGGUCUUGUUUUCAUGUAAUGAAUAAUGAUGACAUUCCUGAAAACAAUGUUGAUAAAUUUAUAAAAGUUAGACCACUUUAUAAUUCUUUUUUAAAACGUUGUAAAGAAUUGCCAGUAGAAACUAAUCUAGCUGUAGAUGAGCAAAUGGUCAAAUUUAAAGGGAAAUUAGGUGUCAAACAAUAUAUGAAAGGCAAACCCUGCCCUUGGGGUAUUAAAAAUUUUUUACUCUGCUCUGCUAAUGGUAUGGUUUACAAUAUGAUUUUAUACCAGGGCAGUUCAACUGAAAUAAAUCAUGAAAUACAAAAAAAAUAUGGCCUCGGGGGUUCCAUAGUUUUACAAUUAGUUGAACACAUAGAUAAAAAUGAACAUUAUUUAUAUUUUGAUAAUUAUUUUAGUUCUUACAAUCUAUUUACAUCACUUGAUUGUUUGGGAAUUAAAGCAGCUGGGACAAUUAGACUUAAUCGUUUUGCUAAUCCUCCAGUUGUGAGCGAUAAAGAGCUAAAUACAUUAGGAAGAGGAGCCUCAUAUGAAGUUACCUCAACAGAUGGAAAAGUUGGUCUGAUUAAAUGGUUGGAUAACAAAUCUGUUACUCUCGCUUCUAACUUUGUGACUUCAGGCAGCCCAGAUAUUAUUAAACGAUAUGAUAAAAAAAAUAAAUCUUAUGUUGAAGUAUGUCGCCCUGAAAUUGUAAAAUUGUAUAAUGAUUCAAUGGGUGGGGUGGAUUUGCAUGAUCAACUCAUUAGCUACUACAGAGUAUUUAUAAAAUCUAGAAAAUGGACUUUGCGUAUGCUCUUUCAUUCCUUUGAUAUGGCCACUUGUAAUUCAUGGUUAGAAUAUAGAAAUGAUGCUGAAGCAAUAAAUUUACCAAAAAAAAAAGUAAUGGACUUAUUAGGCUUUAAGCAAAAUUUAGCUUCAACAUUAAUUUCUAUAGGGAGUUCUGUAGUAACACCUUCCAGAAAACGAGGGCGCCCGUCGUCAUCUAACAAAAUUAUAGUUCAACCUAAACCUCGCACAAAAAAUCGUUUAAUUGAUAGAUACCCUACUGAUGUGAUAAGAAAAGAUAACAUUGGCCAUUAUGUAUACAUAGAUAACUUGAGAGAUGCCACAUUCUGUAAAUUAGAGGGGUGUAAAAAAAGAACCCAUAUGGCAUGCAAAAAAUGCAAUGUCCAUUUAUGUAUUACUAAGACAAGGAAUUGUUUUUUUGAUUAUCAUAAUUAAAUAUUUAAAUCUUAUUAUAAUUAUGUACCUAAGUUUAUAUAUAUAAUUAUUAACAAUGUAACAGAUGAUCUUUUAUUUUAUAUUUAUUUACCUAAUGUUAUUACUACUUAGAAGGAUGUUUUUUAUUUGUUUUAUCGUUUUAUGUAACUGCAAAGACUGCCACAGUAUAACCAUUGUGAUAAUGAUUAUAAACUUUAUUUUUUAUUGUCUUAUUUAAUUUUAUAUUAAUUGUUCUAAUUUUUAAUUUUUAA